UAAAACGAGACUUUGGCGUUAUGGUCAAAGGUAAACUCUCGCCCCGAAAGCUCAGGAAUGGUUGGAGUGAAUGUUCGCAGUGUAGAGCCCAUGUGGACGCUUCCAAUCGAGACCAAUUCGCUUUUCUGCUCGUCACGAGUUUGCUCAUCUGCUGAAUCACGCUCCGCCUCGCAGCUGACCUACUUUCCCGACAAAAUAAAACUCCGGAACUUUGAAAAGUUAGCAGAACACUCGGCCGCUCCACUUCCCUCCACAGGAGAGCCCGCGACACCUGCGCAGGUAGACCGGCGGGGACCGAGGCGCUGACUGCAGACAUGGGGUCCGGUUCGGUGUCGGUUGGCCUCCGAGCCAUGUUUUCUAUGCUAACACCGAACGAGUCCUCGUUUGAGAGAGUGGAAGAAGUCCCUCCGUACGUUCAACAGGCCACGCCCUUCUUUGUGGGGCUGAUGGUGCUGGAGGUGGUGGUGGGCCUGCUGAAGACGGGGCGCUCCGUGGUCACCAUCAGUGACGGACUCACCUCCCUCGCGGCUGGAAUGGUCUCCAGACUCCCACUGCUGCUGCUGAGAGGCUGCGAGCUGUCCGCCUACAUGUACGUCUGGGAGCAUUUCCGCCUGCUGGAGCUGCCCUGGGACUCCGCCUGGACCUGGUGGUUCACCCUGAUCGGCGUCGACUUUGGCUACUACUGGGUCCACCGCUUCGCUCACGAAGUGGCCGUCCUUUGGGCCGCCCAUCAGGUCCACCACAGUUCAGAGUACUACAAUCUGACCACGGCCCUCCGACAGUCCGCCACCCAGCAGUUCGCCUCAUGGGUGUUUUACCUGCCUUUGGCUCUGGCUGUUCCUCCUUCCAUCUUCGCUGUUCACAUUCAGCUGAAUCUGCUCUACCAGUUCUGGAUCCACACUGAGCUGAUCCGAGACCUGGGACCUCUGGAGUGGGUCUUCAACACCCCCAAACACCACCGAGUUCAUCACGGAAGGAACCUUUAUUGCAUCGACAAAAACUACGGAGGGAUCCUGAUAAUCUGGGACAGAUUAUUCGGUACCUUCGCUCCAGAGGAGGACAAAGUCAUUUACGGCCUGGUGUUUCCCAUCAGGAGAUACGAGUCCCUCUUUGUGCAGUUCCACUACUACAGAUACUUGUGGAAAAAGUCCAAAGCCUACAGAACCUUCAGCGACAAACUGUCGACUUUCCUGAAAGGACCCAGCUGGAAGCCCGGGAAAGCUCGGCUCGGCGACCACGUCGACAACCCCAAGGUUACCGGGAGGGAAGUGCCCCAUGAUCCCAGCUGGUCGCUGCCUCUGCAGGCGUACGCCGCCGUCCAUUUCCUGCUGGUGCUGUGGACGUACCAUGAGUUAUUUCAGAACAAGAUGAUGCUGUCGCAGCUCACCAUCCUGGGAAUGAUCUGCUACAUUCUGCUCACCCUCACCUCGCUGGGAUUCAUCAUCGAGCAGAGGCCGAACUCUGGGUUCUUGGAGACUUUUCGGUGCUUCGUCAUGAUGAUGAUGCAGCGGUACAACUACCUGACCCCCCCACUGCCUUACCUCACGGUUCCUACGGAGGCCUUUGUCUCCCUCUCCCUGCUGUUCUGGGCUCUGCAGAGCUUCUCCCAGGUCCUCAGCAUCAAGAGGAAGUCCGACUGAGGAGCGGGAACGCCGGAGCUGCAGGGAACGCCGGAGCUGCAGGGAACGCCGGAGCUCCACACUAACACGCUUUUCCUAAACGAUGUAACCAAAUGUCUUCUAAUACCAGAAAAUGUUGCAGCUUCUUCUGAUUACUUGUAGAUUUUUUUAACACCUGCAGCGUUUAGUGCUUUAGAUUUUCUGUUCAUGUUGUCGUGUGACCUCAUACCUCCUAGAAUAGAGGUGCUGUUCGUCUGAUUUGACCUCUGACCUCUUACAAUAAAACAUUUUUAUUCCA